UGACAUCGUUCAUCGGAGGAAACUCUUGUGCAGCUGGCGUACCGAGGGAUCAGAUCGCCUCGUUGUUCGUGGGGGAUCUUCAUCCAGAAGUGUCCGAGUUCUUCCUCCAUCAGACGUUCAGCCCGUUCGGUCCGAUCCAGUCCGUGCGGGUCUGCAGAGACAGGGUGACUUGGCGAUCCCUGCGGUAUGGUUAUGUUAACUUUGUUAACCUCGCCAUUGGUAAGUUAUCUCUCCAUUCUUCACCUUAACGUCUUGCUAAUAAACAUUUUGAAUUUGUAAUUUACAGUCCUGUGUCUUUUUCUCUCUGAUGUUUCUUUUCCCUGUAAAUCAUCUUUAAAUUAAGCUAUAUGAAGUGUGCCAUAUAAAUAAAUUUGCUACGUCUUGUCUCUUAUCAACUCUGUCUUUCAGCUGAGAGUGCCAUGGACGCCCUGAUGUGUCAGGAUCUUCUGGGCAGACCCAUGCGAAUCAUGUUCUCCCAGCGUGAUUCCACUCUGAGGACGACUGGGGUCGGGAACUUCUUCAUCAAGGGUCUGGCCAGCAGCAUCGAUGGUGCCAGCCUUCAUGACAGCUUCUCUCUUUUUGGGAAGAUCCUGUCCUGCAAGGUGGUCUGUGAUGCAAAUGGAUCCAAAGGUUAUGGAUUCGUCCACUUUGCCACCUUUGAAGCGGCAGAGAAGGCCAUCAAAGCUCUUGAUGGCAUGUUGUUGGACGACCAGCUAGUGUCCAUUGGCCACUUUAAAACCUUUGAGGAGCGUCACGUUGAGCCGAAGGUCAUGGCCCAGGACAAUGAGAGGCACUACCCGGGGGUGAGUCUGUACGUGUGUAAUCUGCCCUAUAGCUUCAGUGAGCAGCAGCUGUACAGAGCGUUCUCACCCUUUGGAAGCAUCAUCAGUGCCAAGUUGAUGAUGGAGGCCGGACGCAGCAGAGGGUUUGGAUUUGUCAGCUUCUCCACCCUCGAAGAUGUGACUACUGCUGCGUCGGUCAUGAACGGGCGUAUGGUUGCCGGCAGGGCGUUGCGGGUCUCUCUGUCUCACCACAAUGAGCGGAAGACCCAGUCUGAGAAGCAGGACAGCAGCAGUGAAUCACUUCCUGCUGGGCAGUUCACCUCUGUUGUUCCUCAAGUUCAAAAACGCCUUGACGUUCACCCUGCAAACAAGCUGGCGCUCCAGCCCAUCAGUCGACAGACAGCAGCGGGCAUCCUCUCUCAGAGUGAGAGUCUCCGCCCACUGAUGCCUGUCGUCCUGCUGGAUGCUGUUUAUACUCAGCCUCCGCGCCUGCUGGUCUCUCAGGUGCUUCUGGAAUACUGGGCAAGUCAAGCGGAGUUGGAUGUGUGGCGUCCCAUGCGACUGCUCGCCCUGCCUGCACCCGGUGAUGAUACUGAAGUUAUCACUCAGUUAUCUCAGAUUCCUAAAAUUCUGCCUGAUGGUGCAACACCUCCUGUCAAAACAGAAGCUCAACAGCUGGGUGAGUCUUCACCUCAGUCACCAUCCAUGUGGGGGCGCUGGUUCUGGAUGACAUUAAAUAGAUGUUUGACGUCCAAAAGCCGGAGCUGCCCCACCAGCUGGAGCAUCAUGAAUGCACAGACAACACGCAGACGUUGUAAGUGUUGGAAUUCUGCUGUUAAAAUAUAGCAAUGCAUGAAUCUAUGCUGUGAGGUUGUGCUUUAGCAGAUAAAGUUGUAACGUUGCGUUAAAUAUAAAGUUUGUGCUUGUUUUAGUGUGUAACCGCUCAUGUUUGUGUUUUUCCAGACAAAUGGAUCUAUGGCAGAACGCUCGCGCAGAACAAGUCAAUCACGAAGCCAUGAUGAAUAUGUCAAAGCUGUUCAUUGUAAAUAAUUGUACAUAUGUAAAUAAAAAUAGCGUAAGAAUGAAUUUGAGUCUGAAGUUUUCUAAGCUUAGAUUUUUUAUUGAUCUGGGCUUUAAAAGCUGCUUUUGUAAACAAUAUAGAUAGAAAAGUAUUUUAUCAGCAAACACAUCACUUUACUUUUUAUGAAUUUAUUUACCAUCUUGAACACUUUACAUUGCUCAUAAAAUGUUCCUGUAACUCAGUUUUGUUAGUAGUGCAAAGGUCAGGAAUUUGAUUCUCAGGGAACACAUGUUGAUAAAAUCUACAACUUAAAUGCAACCUGAAGUCACUUUGGAUAAAAAGCAAACCAAUGCAUUAAUGUAAAAAGGCAAACAUGAAUUUUAAGAGCCAAGCUUGCGUAUGUGUAGUAGGAUUUUGUAUGAUACCUUGAAUGUUAAUUGGAAAUGAGUUUGUAUGCAAUAACAUUAUUAAAGCAACAAUGUAACAGCGAGUGUCUUUUGGCUUUAAACAGCUUUAUUUAUAGUUCAUACAUAGGGCUGUCACGAUUAUUAAAUAAUCGUCUCAUCGCGAUUGUUUGACCUCAUCGCAAUGGUUUCAGAUCAUCGCAAUUAUUGCACAUCUCUAUAGAAGACACUAGGGGAAGCUGUAGUGCAUCUGCAUAUUGCAUAUUUUAGUGUAUAUAUUGUUACUAAAGCAUGGUAAUACUUGUAAACUGUACCAGCACAACACAAUCACUUAAAAAAAAAAACUAAAACAUAUACAAAUUACCUGCAGUACAAUUUAAUAUUAUUUACACAUCCAACUCUGCUUGACUUGCCUGCACACACCAACAUACAUCACUCAGUCAUAGUAACACACUCUAUGUUUAGCACAAGUAAAUAGACUCACUUUCUGUGUUUGUAUUAUAUUAAUACAAAAAAAACAACAACACAUUUUAGAUAUUUUUUAUUUUAAUAUAUAAAUAUAUAUAUAUAUAUAUAUUUAUAUUUAUAUAUUAAAAUAAAAAAUAUCUAAAAUGUUUAGUUAUUAUUCUUAGCAAAAAUACAACAAAAUAGUACCAUGACAAUCUCGCUUAUCUUAGAUAUACAACUUUUAUUAACAAAACGAAUAAAGAUGAAUGAUAUGCUAUAGUAUAUCAGCGUAGUAGAAACAAAUAAAUGAAAGAUAUCUGGAUUUUACUUUAAAGUAAAUUAUGUUUUUGAAUGUUUUGUUAUCCAGUGUUCAUUCUUCACUCCUGUUAAUUUUUGUGUUGCUGUUGGUUUUCCUUAUUAAUAUCUUAUAAAUUCUAAAGUUAAUGAUUUUUGGCAUUUGGUUUAAAAUGAUGUAAUUGCGACAUAUGAAAUAUGUUAUUUUUAAAUAAUUCUUUGGGCAUUUUACUGCCACCUUGUGGGUGUUCACAAUUUUUGUUCAGUGCAAGCAGGAAGUAGUCAAAGACUCAUGGUGGUAAUUGUGUUGCUUGCAUCUAGUUUUCUAUAUUUACGUUUGCCUGAGACACUAUUUGUCUGCAAAUAGCAUAAUUUAGAUCAUUUUCAAAAUUAUUAAACCAAAGUGUUAUAUUGUAAAUAGAAGUGUCUCGUUCUUUUACUGACAAGUUACAUGCCAUUGUGUUUAUCAUUUUUUGGUUUAUCUACUGAUUUUUCUGUUCUGUUCUGAUUUUUCUCAAUUUUUUGUUUUGUAUUAAAAAUGUUAUAAUGGAAAUUAUGAAACCUCCUUUAAAUUAAAAUCAAGAAAAGCACACCUUGAGACAUUUAUUUGAGUUCAAUGCCUGAUGUCAGCUCGCUGUCUAACUUUGUAAAGCUACACAUUGUAAGGACAGUACAAUGUAAACAUUUACAUUUAUGCAUUUGGCAGACUCUUUUAAGCGACUUAUAUUGUAUUAUACUGUAUUUACUGAAAUUUAUGACUUAUGAAUCUGAUAUCUUAUUAAUAUAAUCUUUAUUUAGCUGAAA